GGAAAGACGCCGGGGCGGCCUGGGGAAGAAGGUGAUGGAGCCGCGCCCGGGGCCCGAGCCUGAGCCCGAGCUCCAGGGCGCGGGGGUGCCGCGGUCCGCCUGCCCCUUCUUGACCUGGAGUGCCGAGGAGGCGGCGAAGUGGGUGGCACACCUCGGCUUCCCCCAGUACGAGGAAUGCUUCAGGGCCAACGGGAUCACCGGCCGCCGCCUCGUCCUCGCCAACUGCUCCAACCUGCCCGCCAUGGGCGUCACGGACUUCGGCCACAUGCAGGAAAUUUCACGACAUGUGCGAGAGUUGCUGGGGAUUGAGGAGCCUCUCUUCAGCAGAUCCAUUGCCCUCCCAUACAGAGACAACAUGGGUCUCUUCCUAGAGAGAAAGUCCCGAACAGGAAAGAAAGCAGAUGCCCUCACUUUCACAGAGUUUAUCGAAAAAGCAGGACUGGAGCCCUAUACUACAGUUUUUCCUUUGCCACAGUCCCAGACCACAGUGGAAGCAGAUACAGUGCCUUCUUUGGAAGGAUCCCAGACUGGGGUAGAAGCAGAUGCUCUCCCUGUCUCGCAAGACACCCGAAGGCAGAAUUAGAGACUCAGGCUGCACUUCCACCUUGUAAGAAGCCCAGCAGCAACAGCAGACUAGACCCUUAUUACCUUGCAGAUUGUCCAAGGAGGUACAGUUCCACCUUUUCCCAAUUAUAGAAAAGGCCACUGCAGCUCUUAGACGUUUGAUUAGACCAAACACAUCCCCACAUUGUCUCUUUCCUGCAAUCCUUCAUUUGCUUACAGGAACCAAGUGAAGCAGAAGCUCUAGGUCAGACCACUGUCUGUCUUUCACUUCUGCUUCACAGUUGAUUAAAAAGACCAAAAAACAAUCAUAUGCAUAUUUUAACCACAAGUGAUUGAUGACAACUUGCCAGAUGCUCAAGUGAAUAGAUUUCUCCCAGUCUUUAGUGCUGGCAGAGUGGGCUCACUUUUAAGCCCGGGUGUAAGAUAAAUGGCACAUAAAAUAACAGGCGUAACAGGUGUGGCUACAGCUGCUGUCAGCCAUCAUAAUUAAGUGAGGGGCCUCGUUGCAAUGUGCACAACUAAUCCCUGGCCUCCCCACAGAAAUUAUUUCCUGUGAGGUGAAACCAGGCAGGCAGUGUCUUAUCAUGGUAAACAGUACUAAAACACGAUAGAUGGUGGCAAGAAGCAUGAGGGAAUACUGUAAGCUGAACCAGAGAAUUUAGGGAAUUAAGCUUCCUUUUUCCUGGGUGGAUUUGGACAGAUUAACCAGUUACUUCCUUUUUCCUUGAAGGAUAUAUCACAUAGUCUGUGGUGGUGAGGGCGGAGUGCAUUAUUACCAGCAAGGAAGUAGAAGUAAGUGCUGAUUAAAGCCUGGCUCAACAGAAAGAGUGCUCCUGACUAAAUCAUUAGUAUGUUGCCAGGAUUCAAUACCUUUAUUGAGAUCCCCCAUUGGGAUUAAAAAAAUAAAAGGAUAAAAAAAGGCUGGGCCUGAUCCUGUUUAGUUUGUUACACCAAAGCAGUAGUCACUACAAAAUAUAUAUAAUUUUUUCUGUAAUUCAGUUUUCUUUUGAAGCUGCAACAGAAACACAGUGAAACUGAAGUAGUUCAUAGACCAAGAAGACUAUGUAAUAAGCAAAUUCAGAAAAAAAAGAGAAAAGCUCAGGCAGCCAGGGGUAAGUGGGUUUGUUGAACAGUCUAGAGAAUGAAACGU